UUGGAACCUGGCCUGCAGAGUUGCAAGAAGCGGGCGCAGGGGCAACACGCGCGCGGGGAAGCAGGAAGAUCACAGGCUGCAAAGAAAACAGCACUGAGCGUCCUGGAGGACGCUGGAGCUUCAGGAUAGUGUCCUUUCAGACCGUGAGAUCGUCCCCUCCUCCCCGCACUCCACCUUCCCGCAACUGGACCACUCGGCGGAAGCUUCAGGUGGGCCCCGGGGUCCAAGUCCGCCGCCGGGAGGGCGGGGAAGGGCCCCGAACCGCGGACUGCAGGGCGCGUCACGGCAGCUGCUCCUGAUUGGCGGCCACGGGGGCCAUGGGCGGGGCGCCCCGGGAUUGGCGCCGCCUGUGGCCAGAGCCAGAGUAACGGGACUCCCAGCUGUGCGUCGCAGUCCCGACGCCAGGAAGGCUGGAGUCGGCGCCCAGCCUACAGCCACCAAGUGGGAGCCAGGCCGGGACGCGCGCACCAUGCCCUACCUGCUCAUCAGCACCCAGAUCCGCAUGGAGGUGGGCCCCACUAUGGUGGGUGAUGAACAGUCGGAUCCAGAGCUGAUGCAGCAUCUGGGAGCUUCAAAGAGAAGUGUCUUGGGAAACAACUUUUAUGAAUACUACGUCAAUGACCCUCCCCGCAUAGUCCUGGACAAGCUGGAACGCAGGGGCUUCCGUGUGCUGAGCAUGACGGGGGUGGGUCAGACGCUGGUGUGGUGCCUGCACAAGGAGUGACCUUCUCACACUGAUUUGCAGCCGGGGCGCCCCUGUGGAGGGGCUGCUGUGGGCCCUGAACUCCAAGCUCCUGCCUCACUGACCACACCUUGCCCCUCUCUUCCCAAAUCGUCACUGCCAUGGGCCCAGCCCCAACAGGCAGUGAAUGGCCUUCUCUGAAACCUUGCCUCAAGCAGUGGGAGAGGGCAGUGCCCGGUGCUCCCAGCUGCCCUCCUGCUUCGGGCCUGGGCCAAGGGCCUUGGGCAGGCCAUAUUCCUUGGGCAGCUGCCCCGGGCCGGAGCGGGGCACCCCAGGGGCCCUGGUGCGUGGCUCCUGCAUAGCUAGCCCAAGCCAAUAAAGGGCAGUGAUGAGUG